AUGAACGCCUCUCAGCAGCAUCCUCCAGUCUUUUCAUUUCCGCCUGCAAUGGGCCCGCCAGAUCGUCAAGGCUCGCCGCACUCGAGCAUCAAUCUUGCCUCUAAUAAUCCUUUCCGAAAUCGUGCCCUUUCCCCUUCUAUGAGCUCGACCCGAUCCGGCGACCGUCCUGAACGCCCGCUCUCGACCAACCCUUUCAUCGACGAUACCGACAUUCUCUCGCCGCAAUCAGCCCCUGGAGGAACUGCUGCCAUGUCGCCCUCGGCCGAUACCCAAGUCCUGACCAACAACACUCGCGACUUAUUUGAGAAUUUGUCCCUUGAUUCUUCUUCUCAAUCUAAAAACUACCGCCCUGCCCCCCCGCCUCCAGAAAAGCUAUCGCAGCGGCCUGCACCUAACAGCCGACCGCCACCUUCACGUUCUGACCGUGACCGUGACCGUGAUCGUGACCGUUCCCGUUCCGAGAGGACACGUGAUAUUUUUGCAGACCCUCCCCGCAAACCCAACGGUAGUUCUCGUCGACCGAUGCGCCGUAACUCCGAAUCGUCAAUCAUGGAACGGACCCCCAAGCUUCUCGAUGUUGAUGACGACAGGCGGCGUCGCGAAAGACGUCACCGGGAGCGUGAAGAGCGAAGCAAAGAUAAAGAUGGCAAGCCACGCUCCAAGAAGCCGAAUCAGCGUCUGGAUAUCAUCGACAAGCUCGAUGUCACGAGCAUCUACGGAACUGGCAUGUUUCAUCAUGAUGGCCCGUUUGAUGCAUGCAACCCGCACCGGAACCGCAAGGGUGUACGCACAGCACCGAUGCAAGCCUUCCCCAAGGACUCGUCUAACAUGGCUUUGGGUGGUGCGGGCCCGGUAAACUCUAACAUCGAUCUUAACCUGUUCCAUGGCACAGGGACCGAAGGCUACAAUGACUAUGCAACCAGUGCCUAUGACCCUCGCAAGCAGGAGACCACAGUUGUCGAUGCCCAUUCGCGUAUCGACCCGGUUCACGGCGCCGCAAGCAUGGGUUUGGGCACCAGCACGUUCCUGGAGGGUACCCCAGCCAGCCGCUCGGCCAUGCAACGCCGCGAGAGCGAGGGCGAGGCGCAAAUGGCGAGCGGCGGUGGUCUGCAGCGGAAGAAGUCGCUCGCUCAGCGCCUCCGGGGCAUGAACAACCGCAGCGGGAGUGGACGCAUGGUCUCUCCCGAAGCCAGCUACAUCGUCCCCGCAAGCUCGAGCCACACGGGCAUGAUCCGCGCCAACGAGAAGAACCCUUUCUUCCAAGACGACUAUGAUGACGCGUGGGAUAAGAAGGGCGCCCGUAUCCAGCUCGCCGAGGAAUCGCGGACCGGUGUUGAUGGACCCAGCCGGGCCCGUUCGUCUAGCAGCCCCAAGCAGAACACCGGUUUGGAGCGGCGGUUCACCAACGAACGCUCCACCGCUGGGUUCGACGACAAGCCAACCGGAUUCAUCAACCGAAUGAAGAGUCUGCGAAAGCCGCGGCCGGAGCGGCGAGUCAGCAACGAAUGA